UUUAGUUUCGCCUCAAGAGGCUUUGGAAUCGAAAGUAUGGCUGGCAUCGGCAAGUUCUUCGGGUUUGGUGAAAGAGAGUACGAUUACGGGCCGAACGUGGAAGUGGAGAGUUCGUCCUUCCUCGAGAGGCUCGGCAAUGCAUGCGUCGGCCUGUGCAUCGGCAUCGUCCUCUUCUUCGUGAGCUUCGGCCUCCUGGGAUGGAACGAGGAGAGGUACAUGCAGAUGAUAGCUAGCGCACCCACCGCAGUCAGCGGACACGACACAGGGGUGGAGGGAUGGAUAGAUGGCCAUGGUGUUUCUCUCUCUGUGUAGGUAUAUCAAGACGUGGAUGGCACUCGACAACGGCCGCGACGCCUACACGACAGUAAGCAGGAAAUGAAUGACUGACUGACGGGCGAGGAAGGUGUUUGCUGUGAUUACAUGCACUCACUGGUUGGCUGCCUCAUUUCUUUCUGUGGCUGGGGUGCACUGACUGCAUCAGGCUGAGUGCCAACCGGUGGACAAUUCUCUCACGGGCAAACUCGUCCACAUCGUAAGCACACCACAGCCACUGGCAGGCAACACACUCGUGGACUGUGAUGCGCGUGUGUGGGUGUGGGUGUGUGCCUCCUUCCGUCCAACGCUCCAUCCGUCCGUCCGCCAGUCAUGCGAUCUGGAGAACAUGCACACGUUCUCACUGCCGGAGUUCAAGGAGAACCUCGCCGACUUCACUGGCAUCUUCCUGGAGAUCUAUGCGGAAAUGUACCAGGUGGGUGGGUCUGCCAUGUCUGUAUGUCAACACACACACGUCACGCCUGCUCGUCCGCACAUUCGUUGUAUCUGUGUGUGUGUGUGUGUGUGUGUGUGUGUGUGUGUGUGCAGUGGGAGGAGCAGAAGGAGACCGAGACCAAGAAGGAUAAGCUGGGUGGGGGCACCCAGACCAUCACGCGCUACCACUACCGCGAGUCGUGGUCGCCGACCAUACGGGACUCGACCUUCUUCUACAACAAGGACUACAAGAACCCUCCAUCCUUCCCGGCACUGCCUGAAGCAAGACAGGCAAGAUGAACAGACGACAAACAUGCGCCUUCAUAUGUGAGGGUGUUUGCCUGUCUGUCUGUCUGUUGUGUGUGUGCAGGUGGCGCCCGACCUCCGUGCAGGCUCCUACAAGCUGACGUAUGACCAGACGAACCGCUUCUCGAGUCGGGAGGAGCUGACCUUGCUGGAGGACAGAGACUACACGGCGUCCAGCACGCGGCCGCCCCCCACCGUGACGGCAGCCAACACACAGCUCUACAACGACAUGCUCUGGACAGGCGACCCAUUCAACCCACAAGUCGGUGUGUGUGGGGUGGCCUGGAGGGGAGGAAACUGUCUGUGUUGACUGGGGUUGGGUGCCUCUCAUGUGUGUGUGUGUGUGUGAUUGUGUGUGGCAGAUCGGUGAUGUGCGCGUCAAGUUCUAUGGGUCGACGGCCACUUCGUGCUCGGUGGUGGCGCAGCUCACUUCUGACGGCUCCUUUGAACCGUGGCCUUCACCAUACGGUGGGCACAGAGCAGACACGCACCCACACACACACACAUUCGGAUGUCUUCAUCCGUGUGUUGUGUUGUGUCAUGUGUGGCCACGUAGAUUCUGACUAUACGGUGAAUCUGUUCGAGGAGGGUAAGGUGUCUGGCGGGACCAUGUUCGACCACGCCGAGCAGGAGAACACCUUCCUCAUGUGGAUGCUCAGGCUGCUCGGAUUCCUGUGCAUGUGGUCCGUCACACAUCACAGACAGACAGACAGAAGAGACGGGGACCCUUGAUGUAUCUCUGUCUGUCUGUGUUGGCAGGAUGGGCCUGCAGAUGUUCUUCGGGCCACUGGCCAUCGUGCCUGACAUCAUCCCGUGUGUCGGCCCUUACCUGGGCGACAUGGUACGCAUCCACUGGCCAAUCGAUGGAGGAGGAAGGUCCUUGAUGCGAUGCGAUCGUCUGUCUCACCACCUCUGUGUGUGCGCAUCGACAUGUCAGGUUGGGUGUCUGCUGUGUGCCGCCAACUGUCUGGUGGCGACCUUCCUCUCCCUCCUCACCAUCGCAAUCGCAUGGGUCAUGUACGCGCGCAGCAACAAAGGAGACACACACACACACACACACUCAGAGACAGAAAGGGGCAACCAAUAAACAGCCAUACGCAUGCCCCCCCGGCAUGGUGUGCUGUGGCAGCGUGCGCCCGUGGGUGGGCAUUCCGCUGCUCUGCGGCGCGCUGGUGGCGCUGGGUAUCUUCAUCGCUGUGAGGUGCAUAUGGGGUCGUCGGGAGGAGGAGGAGGAGGAGGACGAUGGCAUGACCAAGAUACCCAUGUACCAGAUGCACCAACACGGAUACUGACUGACUGGCUGAAGGGGGGAGGUCUUCGGGUGGAUGAGCGGGCGCUUUUUGCGACAGACAGACAGACAGACAGACAGACAGAGACAGACUACUCAGCUAGAGAGUAGAUAACCAUCUGUAAGCUAUUGACUUUGGUACGGGUGUGUCUGCAUCACAUCAGCUUCCUCGUGACAGCAAAUGCAUGCGCGGGUUUUGCGGACGCUCCUCUGCGUGGUUUUUCCCAGGGAGUCCUCACCUCCCGGACUUUGCCCUCUCCCUCAAUGCAUUCACCAACGCU